GUGGUGGCGGAAGCGGCGACUCAGUGAGCGUCGCGGAAGGUAGUAGACCCGUCCAGUGACUCCGGUUUUUCCGUUUCUUUCUUUUUCGAGAAGCGGCGCGCCGCCUUGUCCACAAAAGUCCGCACGGACGCGCGCUUCGGAGGCAGAUGCUGCACUGAGCUUGCCUGAAGAACAACAAAGAUCUCCACACCGUUGCAACUUUCUCCGAGAGAGAGAAAUACACACUCUCUCGACAGCCCUCGGCGCUGCUCGCUUACUUCACGACCAUUCGAAGGACAAGCAUCGCUCAGAAGCUGUGAAGAAUGAGGGCCACCAUGCUGUUGGUGGGCUUUAUGUUAGCCUCCUUGGCAGCCAUCAGUGCUCAAGAAGCAAGUGACGACGUUGUUCAGACCAUCACUGGUGCUGUGCGGGGUGUCGAUGUUCCCACGACGACAGGGUCAGUGCGUGCCUACCUAGGCGUUCCCUUCGCGGAGCCCCCGGUUGGAGAGCUUCGCUUCAAAAAACCAGUGCCGAAGAUGCCAUGGAAGGGCGUUUACAACGCUACCUCGCAGCCACCACUUUGCCCUCAGAUGCCCGUUCGAAUCAACAAUUUCUUUCUUAUUAGGGCCUCGGAUCCUGUGUCCGAAGAUUGCCUAUACGUGAACGUGUUCGUUCCGACCAGGAACGACUCCAGCUUGCUACCCGUGAUCGUCUACCUGCCAGGUGGUGGCUUCUCCUACGGCGGCAUCUCUAUCGGAGCCAUGGACACAUCUGAGCUGGCAGUGAGAGGCAACGUCAUCACGGUCGCCGUCGGUUACAGGUUGGGCGCCUUCGGAUUUCUCUACAUGGAUAUCGAAGACGCUCCGGGAAACAUGGGGCUCUACGACCAGCUUCUAGCACUCAAGUGGGUUAGGAACAACAUACGCGCAUUCGGUGGUGACCCCUCCAGGGUGACGCUGAUGGGCGAAAGUGCCGGCUCCAUUGCAGUUGGCAUGCAGUUGAUAUCGCCCAAGAGCAAGGGCCUGUUCAAGCGUGCCGUAAUGCAGAGCGGCAGCCCAUUCACCGCCGCUGUGGUGAGUGAUCAGAAGCAGGGGCUUUUCAGAGCUUACCUGCUUAGCAGAGCGCUAGGUUGCGAUGGAGGUGAGGCCAAGAACAACGCUGAAGACGUUGUCAAGUGUCUCAAGUCCAAGCCUUUCAUGGACAUCUUGAACGCCACAGAGAGCUUCAACGCCGGUGGCUUGGACUCGUUCUUCCCCGUUUUCGGCGAGGAGAUGCUGCCCGAAAAACCUGCGACCGCACUGAAACGUGGAAUCGUCAACGCCGACGAGCUCCUGGCCGGCAUCUGCGAAUCAGAAGGCGACCUUUUUCUCUACUUCCUGUUCAACAAGCUUCGCGACAUGAACUCCAUCGAAGACGUGAUGAGCGGAGAGAUGAUAUUUCUCAUCAAAGCUCUCAUCACCUCGACCAUGGAGGUCGACCCGGAUCCUAUCAUCAAGUACUACUUCAACGGCGUGAAUGUUACCCAAGGAAGAGAGCCCGUCUAUAUUGGUUCCUCACUAAUCGGAGACAUGCAGUUCGGGUGUCCGACGCUGGGUUUCGCGAAGAGGUUCCUCCGCACAGAUAGGUCGGUUUACAUGUACCAAUGGUCGCAGCAGGCUUCCUUCGUUGACUGGCCGGAGUGGACGCGACCAACGCACGGAGACGACAUCUUCUUCAGCCUUGGCUCCGGUCUCAAAUUGGCUAAGAACGCCACCAGAGAUGACAUCAAGGCCACAGAAAACUUCAUACACAUAUUGUCCACCUUCAGUCACACAGGAGUGCCAAAAGUUCUCGACAACACCAGCUGGCCGAAAUUCAAUGACGAAGAGCAGUACCUAGACCUUCGGCGGGAGGGAAACGUGGUCAAGAAGCGUUUGCUUCAGCCUGCAUGUGAAUUUUGGGGCAAGCAAAGCAGACGGUCGUGCAAGAAACGACUAGCUGCGGGCCUGGAUACAAUGACGUACUGCUGACUGCAGCGCUGACCUACAUUUAUAUGAUCUCUUUUUACAUCAAGUGUCAUAAUAAACUCCUGAGGCUGGUCCUCCAUGAG